UUACGCGAGAGCGGGCGAGGCGGGAGAGUGCGGCGCGCGCGGCGGCCGCGGCGAACGCAAGAUGGCGGCAGCGACUAUCGCUCUCGGCACUGACUCCAUAAAGAUGGAAAAUGGUCAGAGCACAGCUGCUAAACUGGGGCUCCCCCCACUCACCCCCGAGCAGCAGGAGGCCCUGCAGAAGGCCAAGAAGUACGCCAUGGAGCAAAGCAUCAAGAGUGUGCUGGUGAAGCAACCAUCGCCCCACCAGCAGCAGCAGCUCACCAACCUCCAGAUGGCAGCAGUGACAAUGGGCUUUGGAGAUCCUCUCUCACCUUUGGCAAGAUGGGCCGCACAGAGGCAGCGGGCUCUGGCGAUCAUGUGCCGAGUGUACGUGGGCUCCAUCUACUACGAGCUGGGGGAGGACACCAUCCGCCAGGCCUUUGCCCCCUUCGGCCCCAUCAAGAGCAUCGACAUGUCCUGGGACUCGGUGACCAUGAAGCACAAGGUGGGGGCUUUGGCUUUUGUGGAAUAUGAGGUGCCGGAGGCAGCCCAGGCUGGCUGGAACAGAUGGAACUCGGUAAUGCUUGGAGGAAGGAACAUCAAGGUGGGUCGGCCCAGCAACAUCGGACAGGCUCAGCCCAUCAUCGAUCAGCUGGCCGAAGAGGCCCGCGCCUUCAACCGCAUCUACGUGGCGUCCGUGCACCAGGACCUGUCGGACGACGACAUCAAGAGCGUCUUCGACUUUCGGGAGAUCAAGUCGUGCACGCUGGCCCGGGACCCUACCACGGGCAAACACAAGGGCUACGGAUUCAUCGAGUACGAGAAGGCCCAGUCUUCCCAGGACGCCGUCUCCUCCAUGAACCUCUUUGACCUGGGGGGGCAGUAUCUCCGGGUCGGCAAGGCCGUCACCCCCCCCAUGCCUCUCCUCACUCCCGCCACCCCCGGAGGCCUGCCCCCUGCGGCCGCCGUAGCAGCAGCUGCAGCCACCGCCAAAAUCACAGCUCAGGAAGCUGUGGCUGGAGCGGCGGUGCUGGGCACCCUAGCCACCCCCGGGCUGGUGUCACCAGCACUGACACUCGCCCAGCUGGGGGCCUUGCCGCAGGCCGUCAUGGCUGCCCAAGCGCCGGGAGUCAUCACAGGUGUGACUCCUGCCCGCCCCCCUCUCCCCGUGGCCAUUCCUCAGGUGGGGGUCGUGAACCUCCUGGCCAGCCCUCCCACGCUGGGCCUGCUGGAGCCUAGGAAGGACAAGGAGAAGGAGGAGGAGGAGACGUUCCAGGAGGCCGAGAGGCCGGAGAUGCUGAGCGAACAGGAGCACAUGAGCAUCUCCGGCAGCAGCGCCGCCACAUGGUCAUUGCAGAAGUUGCUCCGGAAGCAGGAGUCGACGGUUAUGGUCCUGCGCAACAUGGUGGACCCCAAGGACAUCGAUGACGACUUGGAGGGCGAAGUGACGGAAGAGUGCGGCAAGUUUGGGGCCGUGAACCGCGUCAUCAUCUACCAGGAGAAGCAGGGCGAGGAGGAGGACGCCGAGAUCAUCGUCAAUUUCGUGGAGUUCUCCAUGGCCUCGGAGACGCACAAGGCCAUCCAGGCUCUGAACGGCCGCUGGUUCGCCGGACGCAAGGUGGUGGCCGAGGUAUACGAUCAGGAGCGGUUUGACAACAGCGACCUCUCGGCCUGAACUCUGCCACCCACGGACUCGGGCUAUGGCCCAUCCCUCCCCUUCCCUUUUUUUGUAGAAACACGAGGUGGGGUCGGGUUGGGGGUGGGGUGUCCUUUCCCAUCCUUCCUCGCCUCCUCCCCGCCCCCCGCUGUGUGGGGGUUCGCUUGGAUAAAGUAUGGAGCCGGUA